AUGAACGAAUGUGAAAAGCAAGCGCCGUGGAAGGUUGUUAUAAGCACUUAUCUCCAAGGCGAGGGCAAUUGGAAGAGGGGGCGCGGAGGUGGAGGUGUUGGGGUUGGAGUUGAUGUCGGUAAGUCGAGUUACUGUCGCCUGGGCAUCAUCAUCGUUAUUUACGUGACCGUACCGUACCUCUUCCGCUCCCCGCAUUUGGGGCGCAAUGGGGAUAAAGUCAGUCUCGUUACAUAA